GGCAUAUUCAAAGCACAUUAUUCCGACUGUAUUUUUGGUCCCACUUCAUUCGCCCUACCUGCUACAGCUACUAGUUAGUGCUGAAAAAAGAAAAUUUGUUUUUUUUUCAGAUUCUCAAAUUGUUCUAUCCGAAAAAAUGUUCGACACUUGCGGCAGUUCAAUUCCUGGAAAAAAUAUUUGAUUUUGAGAGAAGUGUAGAUUUGUGAAAACGUUACCCGAUGGAACUGGAACGAAUUAAAUUAACCGAAAUAAUAAGAAUACGUAUCCAGAGAAAUGUACGUAUCGUCAAAAUUGGAACGAUUCUCCAAUGCAACCUGGUACGGGAUUAUCCUUCGAUAUUUCACAAAUUUUGAAGCAAGGAUCUGAUCCAAAGCAGAAGUUGCCGGAACGACAAGCCAUUGUAUUAUAG